AGCUUUAUAGAUCUUCCACCGGCUUUGUUUGUUUGAUAGAAAAGAAAAUGCCACAAAAUGAGCAUAUAGAACGCUUUCAAAAAAUUCAUGGAAGACGUUUAGAUUACUAUGAAAGGAAGCGUAAGAAAGAAGCUCGUGAGGUGCAUAAGCGUUCGAAAGUAGCACAGAGACUUCAUGGCUUAAAGGCCAAACUUUUGAAUAAAGCCAGGCACUGUGAAAAAAUUCAAAUGAAAAAAUUCAUAAAAGCACAUGAAGAAAAAGAAAUAAAAAUAGGAAGCGAUAAACAAGCACAAGAAGGCAGUUUUUUUUUUAUAGAUUAUUUUCUACCUAACUUCUGUAUUUCUAUAGGAGCCGUUCCUGCUUAUCUUUUGGAUAGGGAAACUCAGAACAGAGCUAAAGUUCUUAGUAAUACUAUUAAACAAAAACGUAAAGAAAAAGCAGGAAAGUGGAACGUUCCAUUGCCAAAAGUUAAGGGUAUUGCUGAAAAUGAAGUUUUUAAAGUCGUCAAAACGGGCAAAAGACAAAAGAAAGCAUGGAAGCGUAUGAUUACCAAAGUUACUUUUGUUGGUGACGGUUUUACCCGCAAGCCACCGAAAUACGAACGCUUUAUACGUCCUGCCGGUCUGCGCUUUACGAAGGCGCAUGUGACUCAUCCGGAGCUGAAGGCGACCUUCCAGCUAUCGAUUAUAGGCGUUAAGAAGAAUCCAAACUCAACUCUGUACACUUCGCUUGGGGUCAUAACCAAAGGAACGAUUAUCGAGGUCAACGUGAGCGAGUUGGGUCUGGUCACCACCACCGGGAAGGUGGUUUGGGGGAAAUAUGCGCAGGUUACUAACAAUCCUGAAAACGACGGCUGCAUCAAUUCUGUUUUGCUGGUGUAAUGGACUUUAUCUUUUAGAUAAAAGUUAUUUCGAGAACAGCUACGAAUCAUGUGGUACAUUAAGCAAGUAUAGCUACAAUUCUUUUAACUCAUUUUUGCUGGAACGCUUUAACAUGGCAGUAAAUAA